AUGGUUGAACAGCAGAACGACAUGUCGCUGGUGACAUCGAAUAUAUGUAUAUGCAGGCCCCACUCCGGUCCCAGCAAUGUCUACAUGGAGAUACCGACGCCAAACCGCCACCUGUCAUACCGUCAUUUCACCACCCGAUAUGGCAAAGGUCUUUUCACAACAAAACUUAUCAAGAAGGGGGAGACGAUACUGCUUGAUCCAGCACGCAUAAUCGCAAGUUCCCACUUUCCAGCACGUGUAUCGCACGCCCAAGGCCGGAGUUUAUUCAACUCCGCGCUCGACCGACUUCCCGGACAAGAUCACAAGAUGGUCGCGGCAUUAGAUCAGAGUCUGGGUGGUAGUCCAAUCGAGGACGUUAUGAAGACCAACUCUUUUGCCUGUCGGCUAGACGAUGGCAACGUAGACAAAGCCUACAUUUGUCUCUUCCCCUCCGUCUCCCGCAUCAACCACGCUUGCCAGCCGAAUGCCCUCGCACGCUUCGUUUCAAAGACACUAUCGAUGCAAAUCAAGGCGAAGCGAGACAUUGCCGCAGGAGAAGAAAUAACCAUUUCGUACGGAAGAGUAGACUUGACGCGUGACGAACGACAGGAGCUGUACAAGGAUGGAUGGAACUUUGAGUGUACAUGCUCGCUCUGUACGGCGCCGCACGGCGAAACCAAGGCAAGCGACGAUCGCCGCGUAAGAUUUGCUAGGCUCAAGCAGAAGCUUCAAAAUCUGACAGCGGAGACUUACGACGCGAAACAAGUGGUGGAGUGGGAGAAGGAAGUUAUGGCGAUUGCGCAGUCCGAAGGCUUGGAAGUGUUGUUGGCCGAGGAUUACGAGAGACUGGCAUAUGUGUAUGCAGGCCAUGGAAUGGCCAACGAGGCACGGCGUUGGGCGGAAAGGGCCAAGCAGAACUUGCUCGAUUGGGCGGUUGAGGACAGUCGUAGAGAUGACGAUGUCAGGAGAUUGGAUGAAACGCUCGCAGAGUUGGGUUGAAGUUUCAUGGCUGAACUACUACUUUGGUGCCUGGCCAUUGCUUCGACUACCCUAAUGAGGUCCUAUCCACUUUGGUAAGUAAGGCUGCCUCGGAUUGUCACCCGCAUUUUGUAAAGUUUGAGCCCAUAAUCUGAUGUCUGCAGCAUGGGUUUCAUCUGUAGUUAUGCCGUAAUAGGG